UUGAGAAAUCUCACUUUUGGACAAAUCAACUUUCUCCAUACGACUGACACUCAUGGGUGGUAUGCUGGUCAUCUAAAUCAGAAAAACUAUCAAGCAGAUUGGGGCGAUUUUGUUUCCUUUUCUACUCAUCUUCGCAAUCAGAUAGAAUCUCAAAACUCAGAUUUGCUUUUGAUCGAUACAGGCGAUAAACAUGAUGGAAAUGGUUUAAGUGACGCCACCGAACUAAAUGGUGAACUAUCAAACCAAAUUUUUGUGAUGCAGGAUUACGAUCUUCUCACUUUGGGAAAUCACGAAUUAUAUCUCACCAACAACACCAUUCAAGAAUAUAAUUUCGUUUAUACUCAAAAUUUUCCUAACAAUUUUGUUUCGUCCAACGUUUAUUACAUCUCCGAUGAUGAUGAUACUACUUUGCUUCCGUUUGGUAAUAAAUACAAACUAUUUAAAACUAAAAAGACAAAUUUAAAUGUAUUAGCUUUAUCCUUUAUAUUCGAUUUCACUAAAUUGGACAGAAAUUUAAAAGCAAAAGUCAACCCUUUAUCAAAAGAAAUUCAAGAAGACUGGUUCAAAAACCUUCUUAUUGACAAUAAGGAUAAACUCGAUAUCAUAAUAGUCUUUGGUCAUUUACCAAUACAAUCCCAUAUAAAUGACUAUAAAAAUGAUGAAUUUUUCGUUCUACAUAAAACUCUUAGAUCUUACUUUCCAAAUAUUCUUAUUCAAUAUUUCGGCGGUCAUUCUCAUGUUAGGGAUUUUAUUCAACUAGACCCUCUUUCAACUGCUUUGCAAAGUGGUAGGUACUGUGAAACUGUUGGUUUUUUAAGCAUAGAUAAUGUCACCGCUUCAUCUCCACUCUUCAGCCGUAACUAUAUCGACUUCAAUUUGCACUCAUUUUAUUAUCACUCAAAAAAAAAUAUUAAAACUUUUUCAACAAAAUUGGGCUUACAAAUUUCAGAAAAAAUUGAUCAAUUUAGAAAUUAUUUAAAUUUAACUCAAGUAUAUGGCAUCGUUCCAACUACUUAUUUGACUGAGGGCUAUCAAUAUCCUUCUUCUAAAAAUCUUUAUACGUUUGUGGAAAAAAAUAUUCUAACAAACUUACAUCCAACUGAAUUACAAAAUAAUACUGAUAUAAAUUCCAGAGUUAUUUUAAUUAAUACCGGUUCAAUUAGAUAUGACUUAUAUAAAGGUCCUUUUACAAAAGACUCAAUGUUUAUUGUUAGUCCUUUUCAGAAUAAAUGGAAAUAUAUUUCAAAUUUACCUUACAAUUUUAUUAUGAGACUAAUCUAUAAAUUUUUGUUUAAUAAUAACUAUAUUAAGAAUAAUUAUGUGGAUAAUACUGAUUGUAUAGUUCAGCCAGAUAACCCUUUAUAUAAACAAUUAACCAAAGGUUAUAUAACUUUUGAUGAUUAUGGUUGCAAUGGAGAUGACACACCACAUAAAAAGCUAUUUUUUGGAAAUUCACCAAAUGUCAUUAGAUCAAUUCAGAUUGAUGGGGAAAAUUAUGAAAGUGUUGAUUUAGUAUUUUAUGAUUUCUUGGAGCCAUUUGUACUUUGGGGGAUAAAAGAAAUUAUGAAAAACGAUAUCAGUAAUAAUAUGAUUAAUGUUAAGACCGAGAUUAAUAAAGAUGAUAUUAAAUGGUAUGGAGGUGAAACCGUGGCAGAAUUACUAAAAGAACAUAUUGUUAAC